AGAAAGACGAAACGCUGUGCUUUUAUUUUGACGCUUUAUCGACGGAACUUCGUAAGGGUCAAAAGUGUCUUCUGCGUUUCCGCGUUGUCAUCUGCAUAAAAUCUAACACAGCAAGUUUCACACAACAAAAUCACAAGUCAGCUUUAAGGAUCGUCCCUGCGCAGCCAGCGGGGAAUCAAAGGCAGGUCAGUGGUGGAAUGUCAGCUGGCGCCCUCCCGCUGCUGUUGCUGCUGCUGGGCUGUUCACAGUCACCUCCAUUCACCUCAACGCCACUUCCAUCAUCAUGUCUUUCGGCGACAACCCUCGGCUGCUACUCGGCAGGAUCCGCUUCGUGAACAGGUGCAUGGAGUGUUUCAGGGGGAGCGAGCCGCUACCGGAGUGUCUGUGCUACGUCCCCAAAGAGGUGUGCUACAAAAUAUGCAAGGAUUCAUCCUCCACCACCGCUGCCUCGUCUGGAGCAUCUACAGGAGGCUCUACCGUUGGAAAACACCUGGUCCCAGUCUUUGAAAAUCCACAUCAGCUUCCCCACAGCAAGAAGUCAUGCAAGUACAACAUAGAACCAAAGAAAGGGACUUGCAUCCGCACCACAGGGGAAGAGUACUGUAACAGCCAGGGCCUGUGGGUCAAAAUGAGUAAGGAGCAGUUGGAGGAGCACCGUCCAGGUCAGGAGUUGGACGAAGGCUGGAUCCUGGUGUGUAAACACACCGAAGGAGGCGACAGGCUGGUUCCGGUGGAGUCACAGGAAACCAUCAGCCGGCAACAGCAGCUCUUCGGCUACGACCACAAGCCCUGCAACAGAUGGGAGCAGGUGGUGGAUGUGGAGAACGCACUCUACACAGGCUCCAAACCCAAAAUUGCUGAGUGUGAUGUCACGGCUGUCCAGAAGCUCAGGCAUGUUCCUCCAACCUGGACAUAUGAAUGUGAUGAGGACCUGGUGCAUUACUUCUAUGACCACAUAGGGAAAGAAGAUGAGAACCUGGGCAGUGUGAAGCAGUGUGUGACCAGCAUCGAUGUUUCUUCAUGUUCAGAGGAUCCCAGCGGGGGUGCGAGCUGCCUGACAGACGGCGAUUCUGAAACCUAUUGGGAGAGCGACGGCAUGCAAGGACAGCACUGGAUCCGCCUGCACAUGAAGAGAGGCACUGUGGUCAAUAAGCUGAUAUUGACAGUGGACUCUACAGAUGACAACUACAUGCCUAAGAGAGUUACAGUGUACGGAGGAGAGGUAGACUACCUGAAGAAGCUGAGUGAUGUCACCAUAGACGAUAACCUGAUUGGAGAAGUGUGCGUGCUGGAGGAUAUGACCUCCCACCUGGCUGUCAUUGAAGUACGAAUUGAGGAAUGUAGAGAUGAAGGGAUCGAUGUUCGAAUUCGAGGCCUGAAGAUCAAGUCUUCGUGUGAAAGAGACCUGGGCUUGAACGCUGAUGUGUUCCAGUCCUCUAAUCUGGUGCGCUACCCUCGUCUGCAGGGAACCCCACCGGACAUCCUGUACCGCAGAGCACUGGUUAUCCAAAGGUUCAUCUGUCUCCUGGACAGUGUGCUCCCACACUUGGUGCCAGCCUGGGACUACAGUCUGGGUACUUUUAACCAGCUCAAAAGCAUUAAGCAGUUUCUGCUGCUGUCCAAACGGCGCUGUGCGCUCAUCACUCAGUGCCUGAAGGACUCGGAGACCAGUAAACCCAACUUCAUGCCCCGACUCUAUAUCAACAGACGUCUGGCCAUGGAGCACAGAGACAACCCCUCUCUGGACCCAAGCUGCAAGAAUGCAGUGUUUAAUCAGGUGUAUGAAGGACUUAAACCAUCAGAUAAAUUUGAGAAGACUUUGGAUUACAGAUGGCCUGCUCGCUACGACCAGUGGUGGGAGUGUAAGUUUAUUGCAGAAGGAAUCAUUGAUCAAGGAGGUGGUUUUCGGGACAGCCUGGCAGACAUGUCGGAGGAGCUUUGCCCCAGCUCAGCGGAGUGUCCCAUGCCGCUGCCGUUCUUCACUCGUACAUCCAACCAGGGUUCCUUAGAGGCCAGAGAUUACUAUGUCCCUAACCCAUCCUGUAAUGAGUUCCACAAGUACGAGUGGAUUGGUCAGCUCAUGGGAGCUGCUCUCAGGGGAAAAGACUUCUUGGUUCUGGUCCUUCCCGGUUUGGUGUGGAAGCAACUGAUUGGAGAGGCUGUCAGCUGGACUAAAGAUUUUACUGCUGUAGACUCUGUACUGGUAAACCUGCUUGAGGCCAUAGAAAACAUGGACCAGGAGACAUUUGAAUUCAGGUUUGGGGAGGAGCUGGUUUACACAACUCUGCUCAGCGACGGCCAGAUGGUGGAGCUCAUUGCCGGUGGCAGCAACGUGGCCGUCCGUUACGAGGACCGCAGCGAGUUUAUCCGCCUGGUGCAAAAAGCUCGGCUAGAUGAGAGCAGAAAGCAGAUUGCAGCCAUGCAGGCGGGGCUGCUGAAGGUGGUUCCCCAGGCGGUGCUGGACUUGCUCACCUGGCAUGAGGUGGAAAAGAAAGUGUGUGGUGAUCCAGAGAUCUCAGUGGAAGCCUUAAAACGACUCACACGAUAUGAAGACCUGGAGCAAAGUGAUGUUAGAGUGCAGUACUUGUGGGAGGCCCUGACAAACUUUACUAAUGAGGAUCGGAGCAGGUUUCUGAGGUUUGUAACUGGUAGAAGUCGUCUUCCAGCACCUAUCUACGUGUUUCCGGACAAACAAGGCUCUGAAACGACAGAUGCACUUCCACAGUCCUCCACAUGCUCCAGCACACUCUAUUUACCCAACUAUCCAAGCGCUAAGGUUUGUGAGGAGAAGCUGCGUUACGCUGCAUACAACUGCGUUGCCAUCGAUACAGACAUGAGUCCCUGGGAAGAGUGAUCCCUCUGCUGCUUGAUCGAACAAAUCACUCACUUUACAAAUUUUAAAUAGAGAAAUGUUGCCAAGUUGUAUCUUAGUAUCUACACAACUGCCAAUUAAUUAUUGCUGUAUAUAAUAAAGAACUAUAUGGAAACUGG